GAAAGCCCAGUUGGAUUUUAAUUAUUUAUUUUAUCAGUUUAACAGGAAAGAUGCUAACAGCAUAAUGAAAAUCAGUGAAAAAUGAGGAUGUAUAAAAGUAUUAAGAGAGAGACGUUAUAACACGUGUGCAUUUUAUACUGGAUUACAUUUGCUAUUUUUUAAUGUUGUGUAGCUGCAACAUUUUCAGUAGCAGAUGAUAGGAUAGGGCUGGCAGAUAGACGAAAGAAAAGAAGAAAUGCGGAAGUAAAUGAAAGGCUACCAGAGCUGUUUGGUAUUAGUAAUAAUAGGGUGUAGAAGGCAAGAUAUUUAACAAGGGAUGAUACUUCAGCUAUGGGAUGAAAGGGAAUAUGAGCUUUUAAGUUGCUAUUCAAUGAGAGGAUGCAUUAUAAAAAUAUGUUAAUGAGAGCUACAAGCAUGAACAAGCACUGAAAUUUUUAGCAUAAACAUUAUCACCAAACUGACUAUUAACAAACGUACAAAAAAAUUAAUGUCUAUAACCACACCUGUAUUACAUAUAUAAGAGAACUGUAUAGAAGUAUAUAGCGGAAGUUAGAAAUGGUUUUGUUUUCAAUGGCAUCGCAAUAAACAUAUACCACGAGUACAAUCCUAGUAAAUGAGAAUGCUGCUACAAUUUAGUAGUGCCUGUCACAUGGAUCAUCAGCAUUGACUGUUGCAGCAUCCAAGGCCAUUAAUGUGUCCCUGACUUGCACUAUGUUUGGUCUGCUAAGCUAGACCAUAUCUCUCUCUUUCUCACUCACUUACUCUCUCUAUCUCCCACUGCUAUCACUAGAGGGAUCAGCAGCAGCAGUAGUUAGUAGCUGGAUAGCAGCAGUAGUUAUAAGAGUUGCAGGCAGUGGGGGGUAAGUUUAGAGAAGCAAGAGGACAGGAUAGAACUACAGCCGUAUGGGCACUAGCAACGUGGUUUGUCAAGCAUGGACAUGACAGCAACUUAUGUCCCUAGGGCAGAGAGUAUUAACCUCACCUCUGUGGAGUUACUUUUAGAGGUAGGUAGUGGUGGUGCAGGGGUGCUAUCACCAGCUGCUGCAGCAGCAGCUUCCAUGGACAGAAUGACAACUACCACUAUCUUCAGUACGUCUGGGCUCCACUCAUCUCAGGUACAAGCUAUUUCUGUUGGUUCCCAUAAAAAUGUUCCUCACCUGGCAUCUGUCAUCAGGAAGUCACGAGUAUCUGAUGUUGUCUUUGAUUAUUCUAUUGCUGCUGUUGGCAUUAUUAUUACCUUUGGACUUGGAGCCAUGACUGAUGUGGCUAGUCUUAAACAUCAGUUAAAGUAUCCUGUGCCUCUAGUAAUUGGAUUUAUUGUACAGUUUUUGUUAAACCCUUUGAUUGCAUUUGGAAUAGCAAUGUCAUUACCUGUUGAUGACAGCAUACGAUUUGGUUUACUUUCCACAACUUGUGUACCAGGAGGUGGUUUGGGACUAAGUAUCACGUCUGUCACAGAAGGGGAGAUGAGCCUCAGCAUAAGUAUGAAUGUCAUCAGUAUGGUAGCAAUGUUGGGGACAGCUCCUCUUUGGAUAUUUGUACUAGGACAGUACUUUUUACAUUUAGACGCACACAAAACCAUUCCUAUUUACCACAUUGAAGUGUGGUUGGUGUCAGUCUUCGUUGCCUAUACAGGAGGGAUAUUAACAAAGUAUUUAAAACCAAAUGUGGCAGAAGCAAUAUUGAACUGGAUAAUCAAACCAUUGCUAUUACUUAUGUGUAUUUUAUUUAUCACCCUUGGUGUCUACAUUAAUAUGUAUGUAUGGAACAUAUUGGACAUGUAUAUUAUAUUAGGAUGUACUCUAUUACCAGUAACGGGUUGGGUUCUCGGAUUUUUUCUAGGCUUGAUAUUCCGUCAAGAUGGGCCAAUUUUAGAAGCUCUCUCUCUCGAAACCUCAAGCUUUAACAAUCUGAUAACAGUAGCAGCUUUACGUUUUUCUCUCUCAAGCAGACCUGGGGAUUUGUCAUCAACUGUACCGUUUCUUGUUAUUUUUACAACUCCUGGUAUUUACAUAGUAUUAUCCCUAAUCAAAUCUUUACGGCUUUGCAUCAUUAACUAUUUACAAGAACGAAGACAAAAACAAGUUAAUCGACAGUUUAGCAUUGUUUCAGGAAUAAUUAACCAGGCAAAUAUUACAGCAUUAUCAGCUCCUUUAUUUAUAUCUGAUAUCUUGGAUGAUGAAGACAGUUCUGAUAAUAAAGAAAAAGUGACAGUUUUAUGAAGUUUUCUUAAGGUCUUUUUAAGAGAAGAGAAAUAAAUCUGCAACACUAAGAAACAUGCAUUGGAAUGAGACUUUGAUGAUUUAGAGUAUCAAUUAUACCAGCCUACAAUGGCAAUGGUGCCAAACAUAGGAUUAAGUGCCAACAAUGUAAAUCUGGCAAGAGGUAAUUUGAUUCAAAUGAAGAAAGAACCUUACUACAAUCCAAUUACUGGUACUCCAAUUGACAGUUUCUUGGUUCACAUGUUAAUGGUGGUAAAAAUAGCAGCAAUGUGUUGCUGAAGUUAUGAGAAUGUCAAAUAUUUUUUAGUCUUUAUAACAAUAAUACAAUCACUAACAGUCUAUUAUACUGGAUGGUUAUAAAGACAGUUAUAUAGAGAAAAUAAUUCUGUAUAACGAAAUAUAAAAAAUUGAAUAUGUUCCUUAACUGAUUUGAGCUUAUAUUUAGGUAUGAAUAUAAAGUGAAAUAGAAAGUAACUUAUACUUUUAAAUUUAUGAUUAUGUUUUUAACUUCAAUAACUGAAAAAAACAUCAACAAAUAAUAUUAAAGUAGAUUUGAUUUCCAUUCGAAACAUACAUCGUUGGAGAAAAGUCAUUUAUACAUUCAUUGUAUAAAUCAUGAAUAUUUUUAUAAAUUUUGCUGCUUAAAUUUUUAAAAAUUCUUUCCCAUCAGCUUUGCAAUUAGACAUUAGCAUUCUAAAUAGGAACUUUUUUUUGAAGCAAACAAAUUUCAAACUGAAAGUUAAUGACAGAGGCAAAUGUGGUGGUGUUUUGAAAAGUACUUUUUGUGUGUGGAAUGAUACGCACAAAGAUGAGUGCUGUUAAUGCUUUACAACUCAUUUUAUGUAGUAUUUGCUCUUUGAAAUAUAAUGAAUGUAUAAAUUGAUAACAGACAAGUAGCUAAACAUGUACAUUAGAAAAACAUGUACAUUAGAAUACACACCGAAGGGGAAGAGUAGCAGCCACUUCCCAAUACAAUAACCUUUUAUUUAUGUUGUCAGUCUCAUCUUGUAAGGAUGAGAAUUUGUUUAUAUAAUCCUUGCCUAGAAUACAGGUAAAACCAUUUGAUAACUUUCAGUCUCAAGACAUGACAAUGUCAAACAUAAUUAAUAUUGAUCUAUAAUUAUCUUCAUUUUAGCUGUAAAUACAAAGAGUAAUAGGGAUUGAAGUAGAUUACUAGACUGUAGGCAGCAAAUGUAUAUAACAAGUAGAAUGGUAAAGUUUGUAAAUUGUGUUUUUGUAAUAAGGUAAAAUUCAGAAUUUGACAAAACUAAUUGGCAAAACUUAAUCCAAAAAACUUUGCAGAUGAAUAAUUUCAGUGAGCUGCUUUGCAAUGGGAAUCGAAAAAUUUAGUAUUUUAGACACUCAUACAGUGGGAGAGAAAAUAAAGAAGCCCAAUACCAAUUGUGAAUGAUAAAUGAAAGAAAUAACAAUGGAUUGAUACAAUAGUGUGGAAGAGAAAGAGCAAAUGUGAGUAGUGUGGGAGGUGGUGUAUACACACUUCUACCUCCCUUUGCAAGACAUUUUUUUUUUGUCUUUAUAAUUCUGACAACUCACUGUUUUAAACAUGCUUCAUUUUCUCAAAUCUAAUUCUUUAAUUCUGACUGCUAACUCAUUCCCUUUUUCUUCUCUCCCUUUAAAAAAAUUUUUUUUUUUUACAUGUUCCAUUGCCUCUGCUACUUUCUAUCUCACCUGAACUAGACCUCAAUAUCUCCCACUUCAACUGACCUUACUUUUGUUACAAACUUUGACCACCUGUUCCUGCACACUUUACUUCUUCUCAUGACAUCCAGCUUCCACAUCACAUAUUGGCUCUCUCUUCCUGUCUCUCCAUUUCCAGUGUCUACAUUAUUCAUUCCAUUUCUUAUUUGUGAUUUUGUGACCAUGGGAUUAAGGCUUCAUUAUUCUCUCAAUAUUAAAAAAAGGGCAAAUAUUUUUCACUCCGCACAGCAAAUCAACUCACUGAAAUUUAUUUUACUUUUUACAAACCCUUUUGUGUUAUCAUAACCCUACAAAAAUAUAUGACACAAAUUGUGUUUUAUUGAUUAUAUAGUUUUAAUCUUUUUAAUCAAAUAGAUAUUUUCUAAAAGAUAAUAAUAGAAAUAUUAACAGAAUGCAAUAUUUUGUGGAGCAUUAUCAUAGAUUGUGUAAAUAUUGUUGAACAAAAAAAAAAAAAUGUCAGCUUUAUUUCAAUUUAAGACAUUUAGAGGAUUUUGUAAAUCCAAAAUAAUUUCCUCAAUAAUUAAUUACUCUGAUCCACUUAACAUUUUGCUGCUCAUUAUAAACACACUAUUUGCAUGAUUUUGUUAAUUAAAAUGUUUAGAUAUUUAUCAUGAAAUAUAAAAAAAAAACUAAAAAAAAUAAAAAAGCCAAAAACAAACUGAACAUUGGUAAACCAGUUUCCACCAAUUUGUUUUAAAAUCAGACUAAUUUAAAUUACAGUUCAAGGUAAGUGCAGAACAAAACAGUUUACUUUGUCAAAUCGAAUAAUUUGCCUUGUAUCCCAACAUUUUUUAAGUUGGAGAAAACUUAAAUUAUCAAGUACAUUUACAAAUAAAACACUUAGAUUUUUUUUCUAGAUUUCAAAAUAUAUUCUCUAUUAAACAGUUUCUAAGCUGUUGCUGCAUAGUAAUGUUUGUAUUUAAUAUGAGGCUAUUUUUUUAAAGUGAGUUCUGGUAUAUUCUUAAUGUAAAAUGCAAUUUAAAGAAUUAUAGCCAGAUUUUCACAAAGAUAAAAAAUAUAUAAUUAAAAUUAAUUAUAUAUUGUUGAGGUCAAAUACAAUGAAAAUAUUGGUCAGAAAAUGUAUUCAUUUGUUCAAUUAGAAGUUAUCUGAAAGGCGCUUGUCACUAUGUUAAAAAAAACCCGGAAAACUUGAAAUGCUGUAGAAGUGAUAAAUUGAGCAGUUGGAUUCUAUUACAUGAAGUAAGUAGUUGCUCAUUCAAGUAAAUUUCACAUUAUUUUAAACAAAGAAAAAAAAAUGAUGGAGAACAGAUUUUUACCUCAUCUUGAAGCCCCAAAUGAUGUUAGGGGCAGGUGCUAGAACUAAUUAACAACUAAAUAACAUUUCCAGGGAGUAGCUAAUAUUCAAGCUGCCUUUGUACCUUUGCCCUACAGACAAAUACCAAUGAAACAUCUCUAUACACAAGUACAUAUAUAUACAUUUAGGUGCACAUAUAGAUACUUGUGCAGAGAGGUUACAUACAUUUGUUUGUAGACAUGAAUUGAGAUAUAUUUUUUAUGUGACAACACAUUACUUUGUGUGAUUCUAUGUGUGCAUAUGAUUAUAGAUAAGGUGGGAGGUAUUUACUAAUGAAUGCUAAAUAAAAUAUGUAGUAUCUGAUGAAAAUGGCAUAUUGAUCAUAAGAGACACAUGGUUUAAUGAGUAAGUAAUUUUCAAGAAAUUCUGAAAGGUUAAAACUUCUGACAAAUCUAUGGCUAUCAUCAGGGAUUACAUUUACUACCAGAAACCAAUAAAUUAAAGUAACACAUAUCGAAAACAGAUAUCUCCAUAAGUUUCCAGUUAAGGUAAGAAAACCAGAUUUUUAUAAAAAUGUUUUCUUGAUCAUAUUCUAUUUCUUCCACAUUAUCAGAGAUUUUAUUUUAAUUUAUUUUGCCUUAUUUGGCAUUUCUCUUCCAGAUUGUCUUUAAACAUUUUGUUAUUCCUUCUGAUACUAACUGGAAACUUGUGUUAUUUUUAUUUUGUCAUGUUUUUUUUAAAAAUAAAUUUGUUAGACAACUGUUAACUAAAUGGAGGGAGAAAAAAAAACAAAAACAAAAAAACAACCUAUUUUUUCAUACUACAAAAUGUGUUCAAUUUUGUACGAUUGUUAAUUUGAAGUAAAAUAUUCCCUUGUUUAUAUGUUUUGAAAAAAAUUAUCAAUAAACAAAAGCUGAAAAGAUAACCUCUAUAAAGUCCUUUGCUCAUUUUACAACAUACAUAAUCAGGCAGUGAUUAAAAUCUAUUCAUAUUACUUGUAAAGGUGAUUUUAUAUUAAUUCAUGCAGAAUGAUUUGAAGUAUCCAUAUAGAUUUUCAGCUUAGAGGUGUGUAUGUCAACAAAAGUUGCAAAUAUAAUUUGAUUCCUCUCUAAGCUGUUGAAAUUUGUUUAGUGUUGUUGUACAGUAAGUUACAGACUAAUAUAUAUAUAUAUAUAUAUAUAUAUAUAUAUAUAUAUAUAUAUAAAGUUUUAAUUAAAAGCAACAACUUCCACUAAUUUACAAAUUAAGAGACAACAAAUAUGUCUUUGUUUCAAAUAUAAACUUAUAUAAUAUAGGAGACAAGAUGUACUUUUGGCAUUCCAUAAUGAAAAGAAAAGGAAAUGUUGCAAUAGGUUGGUAUGCCAAGAUUAAUUUGUAAAAUUUUAAUUACGACAAGAAACUGAGAGCGCAAAAUACUUUUCUUAAAAUGAACUUAUAUGUUCUUGACUUUUAAGUAAAUAAUAGAAAUAAUUGAUUUCAAAAUUAAUAAGAUUAACUUCUUAAAAUGCUUAUGUGAAAUAAAAAGGUAAAAUAUGUAUCAUAAACUAUUUAAAUUAUUUCAAUGAGAACAAAAUAUAUAUUUCUGCUAUUGUUAGUUUUGAAUUUCCAUAAAGCCAAAAUAAAUUUUGAAGUAGUUUUUCUGAUGAAGUAAUACAGUCUUUAAACAAUAAACCUCACAGUAUUUUAUAGCUUAUCCAAGAAUCAGUUCUUUCCAUAGCAAGAAUUCUUUAUAAUUUCCAUUUUUAAAACAUAUAUAUUCACAAAAAAUUUUAAAAUGCAACUAAUUAUUAACAUGAAAAUCACAAACAGUUCUACACAAGCAUAGAAAUUAAACUAUUUAUUGUAAAUAUAAAGUGAUUAUUGUUAUGGAAACCACCCUCAAAAAUAUAUCUCUAAUUGCUAUUUUCCCAAAUGUCUUAAAAUGUUUACAUAUGUAUAUAUGAAAUAACAAGAUGGAUUUGAGAUAGGAGAGACACAGUAUAUAUAUGAUUGAUGAAAUAUUUUUGGAAAAUCAAAGUAAAACAUUUUGGGGUGUAUACACAAAUCUUUAAAAUAUGAAAUAUUGUCUAUUAUGUAAAUGGCUUAACCAAAGGAAGCAGAACUGCAUCUAUAACCCUUUUCAGACCCUGGUGGAAGGAGGUUUUCCUCAGACCAGGCCUAAACACUAGUAACAUGAUGAACUCCACUAAAAGCAACACCCAAAGCCCAGGUGAUUGUUCUAAACCAGCUGAUUAUACACAUUAGAGUUUAGAUGCUCCCAAUAGAAAUAAAACUGUAACUAAAACCCAAAUGCCUUUAUUUUUACUUUUUCACUUCAGUCUAAAGUUAAUUCAAAUGUAACCAUUUAUUGCUGUAUGGCCAACUGGUACUUCUUAAGAUAUAUGAAAAAUUAAAUCAAAAACGAUAGGACUGAAGCUUUCAGACUUUCAAAAACAGUAGGACUCAGGACUGAAGCCUUCAGACUAUGUACUCAACUGAGUAAACUAACUUUAGGUUUUUUUUAAAGCAAUCUAAAGAUGGUUUGGAAAUAUAUGUUAUUUAGAGAUGAUAUGUAAAAGCAUUAAAGAAAACUAUAAAAAAUUAUCUGUUUUCUAGUGAGGUUUUGGUAUUAAAAUGUCAUUUUUUUUUAUUCAGUCCAACAUAUUAAUUUUAAUAUAAAAAAAAAAAAAAAAAAAAAAAUCAAUAUUCAUUCAACUCUGAUUUUCUAUUUUAAAAAAAUCAAAUAGUGAUUUAAGAUUGGCUAUAAGUUACAUCAUAAAUAUUUUUGGAACACACUUCUUUUUUUUAUUUUAUGAGUUUUUGAAGAAACAUUUGUUACACCUUACAUGGAUUAUCAGCAGAAAUGAUUGAUUUAUUCUGAGAUAAUGAUAGAAUGCUUCUGACCUUUGCCUAAACCAUUUUAAAUCAUGAUCUUGCUUUUCUUAGAUAUAAUCAGUCAGAUUUUCAUCUUUAAAGUUAUAAAGAUUUCCAAUUUGAUGCAUUUCUUUUUAUAUAUAAUUGUAGAAUAAAUAUAAAAUAAACAUGUAAAAUUAAAUGAAAAUUCAAUGCCAAUUUUCAUUCGUAGAUUAUUUCUUGUCUUAAAAAAAAUAGAUUGCAAAUUUUGAAAUUUCACUAAAUAUUUAUUGUUAUUGCUUUACAUUGACUAGAUUUAGUAUUGGAUUAAAUAUUGGUACUAGUUAAAUCUUGAUAUUUAAUCUGCUGGUGUUGAGUUACAGAAAUAUUUAAAUCAAAGUUUUCUAAAGCUUGUUUCUCAGUCAGUCCUUAUAUAGUUAGUUUGCUUUCAGGUAAAGUCAAUUUAGCUUUUAAGUCACAAUAUAGCAAAUCCAACAAAAUAUUUCAUCUUAUUAAAUAUUUUGUUUUUAUAAGUAUCAAAAGUAAUAGAGUAAAUAUCUUUGAAAUUAAUGAUUUAAGAUUCCAAUAAAUGAAAUUUGAUAAUUACCAUUCAACGCUUUCAUGUUUUAAGAAAUGAUUUUUUAUAAACAAGAUAUUUUAACUCUUCUAUAGCAAAACUAGUUUAUGAGAUCCACAAUAUCACUACUUUCAAUAAUUCUUUUAGUAAAUAAACCAGAAAAAACUACAGAAUUAAGAAAAAUAUACUUGUUUUCUUUUAUUUAUUUUGUGUGUGUGUGUGUGUAUGUGUAAUUUCUGGAAAUUAAAUCAGAAAUUAAAGAGGAAAAAAUUGGAAAUUGAGAUAAAAUGUCAUUAAAUAUGCAUAAUUUUGAAAAUGUUCAGAAAUUCUAUUUGGGACAUUUUAAAUUGAGGAUAUAUUUUGGAAAUGUAUCACAAUAGUUCUCAGUUGGCAAAUUAUGAAAAAAAAAAAAUGUGAUUGUGGUGAAAUGAUUUUAUCAACUACCUAUAUUCAUCAUCAUUAUCUUCAUCAUCAUUAUUACCAUUGUUGUCAUUAUCAUAACACUUCUUUGCAUAUAUGUUGAUCUAUGUUUUAUUUUCAUGUACAAAUUUUCAGAUUAAAUAAAUUAUUGAAAUUACCA